CUUCACCACAAUAACAAAUGGAAUUAAAGAUGGUGUGUGCGGACGUCUGUCACUGUCAUGUUGAAACGAAUCGAUGUCUGAUUGUUUAGUGUUUGUGUGGUGGGCGGCCGCGAUGGGCUCGCAGACGCUGGAGAUUCUGAGGCAGGGGGUUUGGGCCUCCCUCACUGGUGGUUGGUUUUAUGACCCCCAUCAGGAUGUCUUCUGCAACACUUUCCAUCUAUACCUUUGGUUGUUCCUGCUCUGUCUGCCAUUUACCAUAUAUGUUUCUUUUCCACCAACGGAUUACAUGUGGUACUGCUACUGUGCUGCGGUGGCAGCAGCCCUGUCCAUUGUAAAAUUAGUUAAUUACGCUUUGCAUCACAUGUAUGACACCACUGAGUGUAUUCAAGAGCAGGUGGAGGAAAGUUGGACUGGCCCCAAAAGAGAGGAUGAGGGCAUUGAAAUGCAAGUACUGAAAAAAAACACUGCCGAGUUGCCUAAAACAGCUGCUUCCAGUUCAUUGGCAUCUUACAAUGAUGCUGGAAUACUAGUAAGCACUGAUGUAGAUAGUCUUGAAUCAGGGGAAUAUCUAAGGAUGGAUCCAGUUGAUGAGAAACAAAAUAGUACAAUAGAUUUGAAAGCUGAGGUUCACAGAAAGAACUCGUCUGAGAGCAGUGACGAGACGACGACUCAGCCGAUAGUAGGUGUUAAUUACAAUUCGUACAACGAAAUGAAGAAGCCGGAGCGAAGCAGAAGAAACAAAUCGAACAAUAGUAAUAACAACAAUAGCAGCAGCAGCGGUAACAACAAUAUUGCUAUUGAUAACGGAGGUUGCGAUUCGAAGGAGAAGGAUUUGUCGAAAUCUGUGACAGUGGCGGCGGUGGCGACACAGCAGGAAUCUCAGGAUGCCUCUACUUACAGACAGAGGUCUUCUGCCGAAGGAGGUGUAAGCAGCAGCGGAGAACGCAGGCACUCCAAUUUUACCAAUACUAGUUUAAGUUACAUAGAUAUUAAGCCGACCGGCUCCUUAGAACUAGGAUACAUAGACAAGAAUCCGAAUCAGUUGACGGCUGAAGGAUUCUACUUGAGGACCACUCAAGGCGUGCGAAGAAUCAGGUCUACCGCGUUGGAGACUUGCUGUCCGCCGCCUACUCUCACCAUUCACCCCAACAGUUUGGAGAUCAUCGGCGGCGGUGUAAAGACUAAAAAUCCUUUGCCACCACCUAGCUCGUCGCUCAUCCGCAAUCAACAUUUGAACCUGUGCCCAUACUACGGCUCAGAAAUUGUGUAUCCGAUUGCGGAGCAGUCAGAUGAGCAUCAGACCUCGCACGGUCCCGACACUGACAUCGAUUCGGUAACGCACAUCUCUGAUUCCGAUUAUGAGGAGAACAACCGCGGCAGCAGAUCGCCACUGCUCUUGAGAAUUGAUCACAUGAACUGCAUGAAACUGGUGCAUCCUGUGCCGAUAUAUCACUCUGAGAACAAAGACGUUUCGAUGGACACCAAUGACAAUUCGAAUUCAAGUGCGACGCCUGAGAUGCACGAUGCCCGAACCGAAUGUUACGACAGCGACAAGAAUAUAUCCUGCAGUAAUACCAGUGUCGAGUGCGACGAAUCGCCGAAGAUUCAAGAACUCGAGGAUGAUGGUGAAGUUAAAGUGUAUACAGGUGCGAUUAAACGUCGAAAUUGCAAGAGGAACCGCAAGCGAAAAUCUGAGGAACCUUUUAAGAUCAAGGAGUCAGGCAGUUUGAUAGAAUUAGAUUUGGACUGGUUGUUCGAUGACGAAAACGACCAUUUGCGGCAUUGCAAGGAGACCCGCACACCGGCGUCUCUGGAACAGGAUGUGAGUAAAGUGUUGCAGGAGACUGUCCCACGUAAUCUGGGAGCGAUACCGAAGAAGAUACGCAUCGAGAAUAUGGGCGAGGAAAAGUCGCGCAGAAUCACGAAGUGCGAGUCGGAGCGAAGCCAAAGGAGGAAACCGGAAGAUAGGAAUUUCACUAGGAAUAGAUCCGUCAAAAAGGGUAAGGUCACUCUAGCGCUGCAGGAGAACACGGCCACAGAGGGUUUGGAAUGCUUGGUGAUGCAGCCCAGGUUCCGAAAGUUGAGCGUUCCGAGGAGGAGUUGCAGAGGCACGAUGCCAAGGAUGCCGCACAACGAGAACUACCAGGAGGCCUCAUCAAGCAGUUCCAAUAACGAGUUGAGCACGCUACUGCCGGCCCCACCUUUAUUGCAGGCAUUCCUAGUGUCACGACGAGAAUUCCCAUUACUUCCGGUUUGCCUUCCUGGUGAUAUCAAUCAUGCGAGUGAACUGUCCAGACAUUGCAGACUGAAAAGAAGCACGCGCGUUAAUCGGAGCAGACCAUCGACGAGGGGCAGCUUGAGAAUUUCGCAGAGGGACACAGCCAUCGCCACGACCUUGUCCUCGGGUCACGGUACGCAUUGCGCCAAAAACUUUAACGAUACCAGCGAUGGUUCUGUUCACUGCUUCCUGGACGAGCACGGAAAUUGGGUUACAUACACGUUCGACGAGAAGGGAGUCGGCAUUGCGAACCAUAAUAAUAACAACAAUAAUACCUCCAGAUCUUCGAAGAACAGUGCGGAAUCUGUGAUGUUGGAUUCGAAGAUUACCAGUAUGAUACCAACUGGUGUGAACCAGUCGCGAGUGCCGAUCACUGAUGGUCAUCAUAGACUUCACAUAAACUUUCCCAACGAGCCGGCUCGCCAGCAGCAAAUUGAAACAGACGGUGCUCUCUCGGAAUUCAACGACAUCUUCUUUAUACCACCGAACGGUUACAAGUUCAUCGAGACGGAAGUUCAUCCUAGGACCAAAAGUUACUACAAGUUUAAGUUGUUUCCAUGGGUGAAGAUCACGUUCGACAGGCUGAGGCUGUUGGCUCUGCUCGACCGAAAUCUGACAUUCACGGAGACCAUGUUCGCCACGUUUCUGGGAGUUCUGGUUUCAGUUUUCGGUUCUUUCUUACUGCAUCUGGAAUUUUACGAUGAUUUAACUGCAUUCAUGUUCUGCUUCAUCAUCGCCAGUAGCCAAUACUCGUUGUUGAAGAGCGUGCAACCGGACGCAGCAUCGCCAACACACGGAUUCAACCGCGUCAUCGCGUACUCUCGUCCCAUAUACUUUUGCUUGUUCUCCAGCAUCGUCCUACUGAUUGACCUCGGGAUUAAGCAAUCCGAACCUUAUACAGCUUUCGUGCUUUACGGUGCCAACAUCAGUAACAAAUAUAUCCUGUGCUGUGUCCGCGACUUCCUAGUUAAUUUCAUACUGUUCUUCCCGGUACUCUUCUCUCUUGGUCUCUUCCCGCAGAUCAACACAUUCACUUUAUACAUCCUCGAGCAGUUAGAUAUGCACGUGUUCGGCGGCAACGCCAUGUCCAGCUUAUCCGCCUCGUUUUACUGCAUCUUUAGGUCCAUGCUAUCUGUGAUAAUUAUGUACGGGUUCGCGUACGGCGGUUUGUGCGAACCGAAAAGUUCCCAGCAUAUCCUGUUCUCUAUCUUCUGCGCUUCCUUGGUCACCAUUUCCUAUCACCUAAGCCGCAGCGCGAGCGAUCCCAGCCACAUCUGGAAUAUGCUGAAAAAACAUCUCUGGCCGCCGGACGUUUACAAGGAGCACAAGAAACCACCCAAGGAAGAAACCGUUGCGAAUGCAACGGCCGAGAAAACGGAGAGUGGCGUCGAGAACCAGAAGAAAGAGGAACCCGCUGAUCCGUUACCCUUUAAGCUUCAAAAGACCGUCAACGCCCGACUCACCAGUGAUGUCUUGUUGUGCGGUUUUAUUGGUAUUCUUGUCUUCGGAAUUCAUGCGAGCACCGUCUUCACCGCUCUCCAACCGGAAUUGAGUCCCGUGCUUUGGGGUACUGCCGCUGCCUUAGGUUUCCUCCUGCACUAUAUAAUACCUCAGUUACGUAAGCAUCUGCCGUGGCUCUGCAUUGCACGACCAAUACUGAGAACCUGCGAGUUUGACCACUACCAGAUUCGAGGCCCUGCUAAGAUUAUGUGGUUCGAAACGGCGUACGUGUAUCUAUGUUUCUUGGAACGCAAUAUACUCUAUCCAUUAUUGUUCCUAUCUGCGUUGACUGAAGAAGCCCCGCAGGUUUCGGAAAAGUUUGGUAUUCCUUUAGGAACACUCGUUGUUUGUGUGUGCGGUCUCAAAUGCUUGCGGAGCUCAUACUCCGAUCAGAGCUCUCAAUACUUAGUGCUCACCUUCACCGCUCUCUUCUUCAAAUACGAUUACACGAUCUUCCAGGAGAGCUUCCUCAUCGAUUACUUCCUCAUGAGCAUAGUAUAUCAAAAGACUUACGAACUUUUACUCAAGAUACAAUUUGUGGUGACGUACAUCGCGCCAUGGCAAAUAACCUGGGGAUCUGCGUUCCAUGCAUUUGCGCAACCUUUCUCUGUGCCGCAUUCUGCAAUGCUCUUCCUGCAAGCCUUCAUAUCAUCAGUAUUGUCGACGCCGUUGAAUCCUUUUUUAGGUUCUGCAAUUUUCCUAACAUCCUACGUGCGACCGGUUAAGUUCUGGGAGCGCGAUUAUAAUACUCGUCGCGUAGAUCACUCAAACACACCGUUAUCUUCGCAUCUUGAAAGGAAUCUUGGAGCUGACGAUAACAAUCUGAAUUCCAUCUUUUACGAACAUUUGACUCGAUCGUUGCAGCAUUCGCUUUGCGGUGAUCUGGUGAUGGGUAGAUGGGGUCCGGUGAACCAGGGUGAUUGUUUCGUGUUGGCUUCGGACUACUUGAACUGCCUAGUGCACAUCAUCGAAUUGGGCAACGGAUUAGUGACCUUCCAGAUGCGCGGUCUCGAGUUCAGAGGGACUUACUGUCAGCAGAGAGAAGUGGAAGCCAUCACCGAAGGUGUUGAAGAGAAUGACGGCUGCUGCUGCUGCGAUCCCGGGCAUCUGCCGAACAUGCUAAGUAUGAACGCAGCUUUUAGUCAGCGUUGGUUGGCUUGGGAAGUGACGGCUGCCAAGUACAUCCUCGAGGGGUACAGCAUCUCCGACAACAGCGCCGGAUCAAUGCUACAAGUCUUUGAAUUCAGAAAAGUCUUAAUUACUUAUUACGUGAAGAGUAUGAUCUUUUACGCUAUUCGAUCUCCGAAAUUGGAAGAGUGGCUGAACUCUGCAGUGAUCAUGAAAGCACUUCUCCCGAUGCAGGACCGCAAUUUCGUGGAUCUUGAUCCUGUCUUCAACAUCAACAUCGAUGAGGAUUUUGAUCUGAGCGCUUGCGGCAUGACCCGUUCCAUGUUCUGUCACGUUUACAGCGAAUGGAUUACCUUUUGCGUGGAGAAGACUGAGAAGAAUAUUGACUGCUCUAUGAAUUCAUCCUUGGUCUUGCUGUGCUUUGCGUUAAGUUUGCUAGGUAGGAGAUCUUUAGGAGCCGCUUCCCAUAACACUGUGUCCAGCGUGGAGUUCUUCCUGCAUGGUUUACACGCUUUAUUCAAAGGCGAUUUUAGAAUUACGUGCACCCGGGAUGAGUGGGUCUUCUCGGAUAUGGAUUUCUUGAAAACUGUGGUGGCACCUGGUGUUAGGAUGUCACUGAAGUUACAUCAAGACCAGUUUAUGGCUCCAGACGAAUACGAAGAAUUGGCAGCACUUUAUAAAGCUAUUUGUAAGCACGAAGAGGAGCUGGUCAUCUCGCACGAGGGUGAUCCGGCUUGGAGGAGUGCCGUUCUCAGUGGGACGCCCAGUCUUUUAGCUCUAAGACACGUCUUGGAUGAUGGCGCUGAUGAGUACAAGAUCAUAAUGCUGAACAAAAGGUAUUUGAGUUUCCGCGUCAUUAAGAUCAACAAGGAAUGUGUGAGAGGGUUGUGGGCGGGUCAGCAGCAGGAAUUGGUCUACCUGAGGAAUCGUAAUCCGGAGAGGGGCAGUAUCCAGAAUGCGAAGCAAGCUUUGAGGAAUAUAAUAAAUUCGUCUUGCGAUCAACCAAUCGGAUAUCCCAUAUACGUGUCGCCCUUGACGACGAGCUACGCCGAGACCAAUGAGCAGCUUUGUAAGUUGAUAGGCGGUUCCUUAAGCCUCGGGAAAAUGCGCGAUUAUUUUUUGAAUUUGUUCAGAAGGAUACGUAAACGGUGCGGUGAAGGUUGCUCCAGUGGAGGGACAGCAGCAAGAGAUGAAUUGGGUAUUGGGCAUGAGGGCGUCUACGCUAUGGCUCCUAUCGGCCCUCUAGGCGUUCAUAAUGCUGGCAGUCAGUCCACGGACGGUUCUCAUUUGUGCGGAAGCAUCGGACGCGGAUCCAGCUUAAGCAGAACAUCUUUAGCAGGUAACAGGGGUAGUUUGGCCUCAAUGGGCAAACCGACGAGCUCCACCUUGGCCAGCCUGGCCGGACUUUUCAAGGAGCGCGACGAGAGAGCUGUUUCUCAGACACCGGAUGUUCAAGUCAAAAGUGACGAGACCAACGAGUCCACUGAAAAGGAGGUCGCGCUGCUCAAAGUCAAGAUCGUCGAUCCAAAUGUCGUCUACGAUGCCUUAAACCUGGGUCGGAGAAUCGACGUGUGCUGGCCCAGCGAGUACAUGCGUUUGCGUGGCGGCAGAUCUCACUGGCGCGAUUGGUUACCGGAGGCCGGAAUGGAAGGUCAAGUAGUGCACAAGUGGAGCCCUAGCCAUAAGGACCCGAGCCGUAGGUCGAACGUUGAAAGGACGAUACUGUUAGUACAAAUCGAGGACAAGUUUGUGCCCAUCGCCGAAAGUGGGGUGCAGAGCGUAACAGAACUAUGAUUACCAUAAAGGGCGUGAUCAGGAUGAUGAUAAAGAAAAUUCCAUGACUCUCAACAUAAUGAUGAUCGAUUUCACAAUGCAGGGUUUCGUUUAAUAAUACUAUUACUAUUAUUAUUGAUAAUAAUUCAUAAUUAAAUAUAUAAAUAUUAUAAAAAAAAAUGAGAAGAACAAAGAAAACAUGAAUGAAAACAAAUCAAGUGAAUAAUAAUAUGUAUAGAGUAAAUACGAUUAAAACUGCCAAGGAGAUUUUUUUUGAAUCAGUAUAUGUAAUCGUCGGAUGAGGAGGAGAAGGUGAGAAAAAAGGCACGGCUUGUGUGUUGUUGUUGUUUCUUUGUCCAAGAUGAUAUUUUUUUAAAUGGAAGAAGAAAAUAGAAGAUUAAUAUUUUAAUUAUAAAUAAAUAUAUAUAUAUAUUGAUUGAUGGAGAUGAACGUUGAAUGAUAUGAUUAUGAUGAAAUAUAUGUAUAUUAUUGCGAUGUUGCCUUAAAAUUGAUAGACUGAUUUUUAAGUGUAUUUAUUUUUUUAAAUACCCGAGAUUGUACACAAGUGUAAAUACUUUAUAUAAUUAUAUUAUAUAACAAAAAAAAAACAAAUCGGAGAGAAUGCCCGCCGGUGAAGACGAUUAUGAUGAUGGAACCGAAGAUGUCCGGCGUGUUCGCGGAAUGUAAUUUUAUUAUAAAUAAUUCUUUAAUUAUUGCUCCUAACUGUUAUAUAAGAUUGAAAGUGUUAAAGUAUGUGUUUUUUGGGGGGAUGCGGAAAGCGUUAGUAUAUAUGUGAAAGAGAGAGAGAUGAAACAGAAUAAUUUAGAAGGUGUUUUUUACUAUGAUUUUUAUUAUUGUAAUAUGUUUUUUUUUUCGUUUAACAACUUUACAUUUAUUUUUUUGUUU